AUGUCUGGCAAACAAAUCCUUCGCUCAGAGGUUAUUCUGGGAAAAUAUGGAAAGACUUUGGCUGGAAAAACGGUUCUUAUUACCGGAGUCUCUGACGAAUCUAUCGCGGGAGAACUAGCUGUUCAGCUCGCUGCAGCCGAUCCUAAGACGCUCAUCCUCAGUGCCCGGUCGGAAUCUAAAGUGAAACCGGUAAUCAAUCGGAUAAACGCGAAGAACCCCAAUGUUGAAACCCGCUUCCUCAAUUUGGAUCUCUCAGAUUUGAGUGCUGUCCGAAAGGCUGCCACGCAGGACCUCGUCGAUAUCUCGAAGAUCGACCACGUUGUCUGUGUGGCUGGUGUCAUGAUCUGCCCAUACGGGAAAACCAAGGAUGGAUUCGAAAUUCAACUCGGAGUCAAUUAUCUUGCCAACUUCCUGCUGAUCAAGCUUCUUUUGCCGAAAGUCGAGGCGGCCGGUCCCUCUUCAUCUGUCAUUAUCGUGUCCAGCUCUAGCAUCCGCCACGGCAAGAUUCAUUUCGAUGAUAUUGGAUUCAGCGAGGGUACAACGUAUGAUCCUUAUGUUGCAUACGGACAGUCAAAUGUUGCGAGAACUAUGUUUGCCAAGAAGUUGGCUGAGAAAUUGAAGGGCAAGGGUAUCAGAGUUUUUAGCAUUGACCCUGGUGCUGUCCAGUCUGGGCUACAGAGACAUUUCACGGAGGACUUCAAAGCUCAGGUUGAUGAGAUGAUGAAGGAUGGUCAUCUGGUUGACUUGGACGGAACUAAAUUUGACUUCCCUCUUUGGACCGGUCGCUCAGAGGGUGCUGCUAAUAUCAUCACUGGAAUGAUUGACCCUACCAUUUCAGACUCUACCGGUGCUUACAUUAGUCAGAAUUCCGUCGCAAAUGAUGACUUGCACUCCCACAUCCGGGACGAAAACAACUGGACACGUCUCUGGGAAAUGAGCGAAGGGUUCGUUGGAGAAAAGUAUUAG